AUGACACGAUGGUGGGAAUCCUACUUUACCUACUCCCCAGACCAACCCGAAUCCCCCAUCGACCAUGACAUCCACUUCCGCCCCGGUCUCGCCCCCGACGGCACCGAGACCUACAUGCCGCGCACCGUAUUCUACGACCUCAAAAACGCCUUUGGCACCCUCCGCAAAGUCAACGCCCUCUACGACAUCGAACGACGACACCCCCGCCGCCCAAGCACUAUGCUGGACCCGACUUCCCUGUGGCACACCUCGGCGUUGUUGGCAGCUGCGGUGGAGAGCGUCAUGCUGCCAUCGAGAAUGAAGGAUCCCCUGAAGAGGGAAUCCCUGGGUCAGAUGGCCGAAGUCCUGAACGUCAUGGGCAAGCAGAGCGUUGCCGGCCUACAAAUGAGCUUUGCGCGGCCGGGGUCGGAGGAUACCAGGGAAAAGAAACUAUCCGAGGAGGAACUUUCCGAGGGCGUGCAGCUUGAUAUUCGCUUCGCGCCGUCGUAUCAGCUCGACUCGUAUACCCGGUCGAAUGGGUUCGACAGGCCACGCGUGUUCGGCCAGCUGGUCACCUCGCGGGGUUAUGAGGAAGAGCAGGGUGAGAAUGGGGAAGAGGAUGAGGCAGGCCGUCGGGUGCGGCGAAGCUCUUACGAACCUGUAACGAAAAGCUGCACCACGGACCUCCGAUUCCCACUGCUGGAUAGCUUUCCAGAGAUCUUCCGAGGCGACGACGAUGAGCCGCUGACGGAAUCACUCAACAUCACAAGCAGCUUAUCCACCGACUCGUCCGUUGCUCGGAAACUGAAGCAGCUGCGGUCAACGGUUAUUCGGUCCAUCGGUCUAGAAGACCGCGAAACACUCGGGAACGAGCUCAUGGAAAUGGCAGACGAGUACCACGAGGGGUGGUCAAGCGGGAGUGACGAUGGGGAGGAUGACUAA